GAAUAAGGCAUUGAGGUCCAUAUUUAGCCCAAGUGCGUGCAGGGAACCGAAUCCUUGCGCCGCAUCACCACAGAGCAACCGGCAGCCAACCGGUCACUUGUGCUCCGGAGAGCGAGGUGGGUAAUAAUGGCUGGUGGUAGCGGUAUCGGUACCCAUAUUGAGGCGGUAUUGGCAAUGGGCUGUGUGCUCGUGAACAAACUCAGGUGGCUUUUCUGGGCUGUGAAUCAGGCACGCAUGGCUCCGUAUAUGCGGGGUGUUUUGUUGGAAGAUUCCAGAGAUGCCAGGUCGCAGUGAGUGGGAGGUCAAUUUAGGAGGUAGCCGUAGCAUGGGCGAGCCAUCUUUACCCAUCAAUUUGAAACAAAAUUGUACGUAGUAAUAGG